AAUCUUCCUUGUAUGAUAUAUAUUUUUCGGGUAUGACAAACCAAAGUGCACAUGACUACAAGGAAGUGGAAAAAAAGUAGUUCAGAUAUAUUCACGUCAUUUUUAUCAAAGUGAUUCAGAAAUUGAAAUCUAUUUCAAAAUUUUAUUUAUAAUAAAAUAUAAUUCUUUCUAUGUUUAUUUUGAUACCUGGAUGUUCAGUGGAUUUGUGUAUGAAGUUUGAUGGCUAAAAUAAGUGAAAAAUUUAGAAAACUGUAAGUAAUAUAUGAUAUUACAAUAUAAGAUUAUAAACCGUGUUCAUAUUUAAAAAAAAAUAUGAUUAGAUUUGAAGAGUAGACGCUGAGAUAAAAUAUAGACAAAUAUUUCGGUAAGGAACAAUAUCUAAUACAGUGUUAUGAUUGUAUAAUAAUUGAAUGACACUUAAAGAAACAUGGCAUCUCACUCCGACUCUAGCAAAAUCUUCGGGGAGGCCAUUUCCGACACAACUUCAAGCGUUCAACAUGCUAAUCAAUCCGUUGAAGCAUUGAUGGGUCAACUAGUUGAUGGAGUAGAUGGACGGCCUAGAAAGGUGGACGAAUUUCAAAGACAGGGACUCAUUGAUUUGACUAUACAGCUAAAAGAUUUUGGAGAUAAAUCAGAGAAGUUUCAAAAUGAUGCGCAGGAGGCUUAUGGUUUCAAUACAGUUGAACUGCGUUUUCCUAGAGGAAGAGCACGUAAGUCAGUAACUUUCUUAUGUUCCGAUAUUUUACCACUUUUUGAUCGUGCAAAAAAAAGAGAGAGAGAAAAAAAAAGCGCGAAACAAUCGACGAUUACAUUCCUUUCGUGCGGAUAUAUAAGUAGUGUAUAACAAUUUUACCUAUAUUUAACCUCUCACAUUUCAAGAUUUAUAUCAAUGAUAAGCGUCACAUUUAUUUGAUUUUGUUCAAUCCAUUUUUACUUCGGCAAAAGUUUUCUCAAAAUCAAUAUACAGAUCAAUAAUUGAUUUUUAAGAAACUCCAUUUAGGUCCAGUCACCCGAAAAUUAAAUGAAACAAAAUGAAAUUGCUACAAAGAUGAACUGGGAAACUAUGCUUAUCAAUAUACUUAAAAUAACCGGUUUUUCUGUAUUAUCUCGAUUUGAGUUUAUAA